UUUUGAAAACUUUAUGAGAUACUGAGAUAAUCAUUCUGUAAAUCAAAGAGAGGGAUUUAUUUAGAAUCCACUGUCAUUUUUAAAAAUUUCUUUCUAUUUUUUAUAGCUUGGUUUGAUAUUCUUUACAGUAGUAUUUAUUUUAUAUUGAGGUGAACUGUGUGUUUACUUUCGAACUAACAUCGCAUUAAAAGAAAUUUAAUUAAAUUUUCAUCAUCAUCUUCCAAAAGUGAUAAAUAGAAAGUGGUAAUCUGAAUUAACCGUUUUCUGAGCCAGAGAGCUCAGUGGUUAUACGUUAAUGUGAUUCAAAGAUCAUCUGAAAACAUCACGUGAAUAUACCAUUGCACUUAAACACCUAAAGAAACUGACAGGUGGUUUUGUGAUGUCAUACAAAUAGUACAUAAUGGUGAAUGCCAAAAUUAUUAACGCCGAGAAGCGAAAUGAUGACUCAUAAAUUUUCUGUGGAAGGUGAAGCAGAGAGUAUAAGUCUUAGAGAUCGGUCUAGGCAUCAUAUUAUAAAUGAAUCUGCAGAGAACAUUUUAAGUAGUGAUGAAGGAUUUGAAGCUGGAGAAGAUGAUUCUUUAUUAGAGCCUCAUUAUUUGCAACACAAAAAAAGGAGUUUCAAAUACAAGUUUUUCUGUUGUUUGUGCCAUUAUAUGCAAGUGUUUUGUUCAAAGUGUUGUAAAGUCAUGCCAAAACUGUGUGGGGAGCGAGAACAUAAAGCUAGAACUGUUUUUAUCGGCCGAGCAAAUAAUGAAAAUUUUCCACCAAAUAUCAUUAAGAAUCAAAAGUAUAAUAUAUUUACAUUUAUUCCAUUAGUGCUGUUUCAUCAAUUCAAAUUUUUUCUAAAUCUGUAUUUCUUAGUCAUGGCACUUUCACAGUUUAUUCCAGAUGUUAGAAUAGGCUAUUUAUAUACAUAUUGGGGACCACUAGGCUUUGUAUUAACUGUAACAUUGAUUAGAGAAGCUAUUGAUGACUUCAGGAGGUACAGACGAGACAGAGAAGUUAACUACAGAAAGUAUCGUAAAUUAACAUCACGAGGUGUUGUACAAGUUCCUAGUGCAAAUAUUAAAGUUUCUGACCUUAUCAUUGUAGACAAGGAUCAAAGAGUUCCAGCAGAUAUGGUGUUUUUAUCUACUACAGAAAAGAGUGGAGCAUGUUUUAUCAGGUCUGAUCAGCUAGAUGGUGAAACAGAUUGGAAAUUAAGGCUUGCUGUUUCUACUACUCAGAGAUUAUCUUCAGCUGAUGAAUUGUUCCAAAUGGAUGCAUCUAUAUAUGCUGAAGAGCCAAAGAAAGAUAUUCAUAGUUUUGUGGGAAAAUUUACCAGGAAUGACAGAGAUGGAGCUGAAGUUUCUUUAGGCAUAGAAAAUACCUUGUGGGCAAACACAGUUAUAGCUUCUGGAACAGCCAUUGGAAUCGUGAUCUACACUGGCUGUGAAACUAGGAGUGUUAUGAACAAUUCUGAACCAAGAACCAAGGUUGGAAUCACUGAUCUUGAACUAAAUCAACAAACAAAAGUGUUAUUUGCUGCUGUUAUAGGUCUUGCUCUAGUCAUGAUGUUAUUGAAGGGAUUUGAUGGUUUGUGGUAUCGAUAUUUAUUUAGAUUCAUUCUUCUAUUUUCAUACAUUAUACCUAUUAGUUUAAGAGUCAAUUUGGACAUGGGAAAAAUGGUUUAUUCCUGGAUGAUUCAAAAAGACAAGGAAAUACCUGGCACUGUUGUGAGAAGUACAACUAUUCCUGAAGAACUGGGCAGAUUAGUUUUCUUAUUAUCAGAUAAAACUGGAACUUUAACAAAAAAUGAAAUGGUGUUUAAAAAGCUUCAUUUGGGGACAGUGGCAUAUGGAUCAGAUUCUUUUGAUGAGGUUGCAUCACAUUUAAAAACAGCAUAUGCACCACCUCCUCCUAGUUCAUCUUCAGAUCAAUCUCCUGCUAAACUUGCUCUUCCCAAAAUGAGGAGAACAAUUGUGACUAGAGUUCAGGAAGCUGUAAGAGCUUUAGCACUUUGUCAUAAUGUAACACCUGUAUAUGAAGAUGAUUCUAUUUGUUUAGAAAAUAUGGCAUCAAAUGGGACUGAUUCUGCUGAACUUGAUCAAGAUUGUAAGCAAUCUUUUGUGUACCAAGCAUCUAGUCCAGAUGAAGUUGCUUUGGUAGCUUGGACUGAAAGUGUUGGCCUCGCCUUAAUACAUAGAGAUCUUACAAGCAUGAAACUAAGAACAGCUCAUAAGCAGUAUUUGAAUUAUACAGUUUUGCAGAUAUUUCCAUUUACUUCUGAAACUAAAAGAAUGGGAAUUAUAGUGAAGGAAGAAAACACAGGGGAUAUAAUAUUUUUUAUGAAAGGUGCCGAUGUAGUGAUGUCUUCUAUUGUUCAGUAUAAUGACUGGCUGGAUGAAGAAUGUGGAAAUAUGGCUAGAGAAGGACUUAGAACUCUUGUUGUGGCCAAGAAAGUUCUUACUGAAGAACAGUAUGCUGAUUUUGAGGCUCGCUACAAUCAAGCAAAAGUUAGCAUUCAUGAUCGAACUGCUAAAGUGGCUGCUGUCAUUGAAAGUUUAGAGAGGGAUAUGGAAUUGCUAUGUCUAACAGGUGUUGAAGAUAAACUUCAAGAUAAUGUACGCCCUACAUUGGAGCUUCUUAGAAAUGCAGGGAUCAAAAUAUGGAUGCUUACUGGUGAUAAACUUGAAACUGCUAUAAGUAUUGCAAAGUCUUCCCGCUUAGUUGCUCGAAAUCAACAAAUCCAUGUAUUUCAGAAUGCAUUAUCACGUACAGAAGUUCAUUUAGAACUUAACUCCUUUAGAAGAAAAAAUGACUCCGUGUUGAUUAUUAAAGGAGAAAGCCUAGAGUUGUGUUUAAAAUUUUAUCCUAAAGAGUUUAUGGAACUAGCCUGUCAGUGUCCGGCAGUUGUGUGUUGCCGUUGUUCUCCCACUCAAAAAGCUGAAGUUGUCAGGUUGAUUCAUAAUCAGACUGGCAAGAGAACUUGUGCUGUGGGUGAUGGUGGGAAUGAUGUGAGUAUGAUACAAGCAGCAGAUGUUGGAAUUGGCAUUGUUGGCAAGGAGGGAAAGCAAGCAUCCUUGGCUGCAGACUUUUCUGUCACUCAGUUUAGUCAUAUUGCUCAUCUGAUCUUAGUUCAUGGGCGAUACAGUUAUAAGCGAUCUGCUGCCCUGAGUCAGUUUGUCAUUCAUCGUGGCUUAAUAAUAUCAACCAUGCAAGCAUUUUUUUCUGCUGUUUUUUACUUUGCAUCAGUGGCUCUCUAUCCAGGUUUCCUUAUGGUUGGAUAUGCCACUAUAUUUACAAUGUUUCCUGUAUUUUCAUUGGUUCUUGAUAAAGAUGUUUCUCCAGAAAUCGCACUUACAUAUCCAGAAUUGUACAAGGAACUUUGUAAGGGCCGUUCUCUUUCAUUCAAGACUUUUUUCAUCUGGGUUAUUAUCAGUAUCUAUCAAGGUGGAAUUAUAAUGUAUGGAGCCUUGCUAUUGUAUAAAGCAGAAUUCAUCCAUAUAGUGAGCAUAAGUUUCACAGCACUGAUAUUUACUGAACUUCUUAUGGUGGCUUUGACUGUGAGAAUGUGGCAUUGGCUAAUGAUAUUAGCUGAAUUAUUUAGUUUAGUCAUCUAUUUGUUAUCCUUAGUGUUUAUGAAGCACUUUUUUGAUUCUGAAUUUAUAUGGUCACUUACAUUCCUGUGGAAGGUAGCCUUGCUGACAGUAGUAAGCUGUGUGCCUUUAUAUAUUUUAAAAUAUUUACAUCGAAAAGUGGCUCCACCAAGUUAUACGAAACUCACAUGAUUUCUUAUGUCUACCAAUUUUUUACAUGAAAGGUUCAAAUAUUAUAUGAAGAUUCAAGUUCUGUGGAUGUACAUAUGUGAAUUCAAAAUGAGGUUUGAAUAUGUUGAUUUGAGGAUGUCUGUGUAAUUUUUAUUUUUGCUGCAGUGCAGACAAAUCUUUUUUUUCCCUCCUUAAUUGUAUUAUUUAUCAAAAUUUCUAUUAAAUGUUGUAGUGUCCAAGAUAUAUAUAAUUUUAAGCAACUGUGAUUUUUCUGAUUUAAUAGUGCUGUAAUUUGAAGCAUUUUCUUUUAAUUUUUUUCUUUUAGUGUAAGCAUUCAAAGUGAUCAUUGUAAAAGUUUUGUUUUGUUAGUUACAUAACUACUAAACUUACUGUCUUUCUUCUCCCUACUUCACUGGGAUGUGAAUUUUGAGUACUGUGAUAUUACUGUAGACUGUUUUGUAAAUAAAAACUUUUUAAAUAGUUGAGAGAAAAAAAUUAAAGCUUAAGUUUUUCAUGAUGUAUCUUUGUAAAAUGUUACAAGUUAUCUUUACAGUACUUCUUUUAUUAACAUAUUUUCUCUGUAAAUAUAUAUCAGAUCUAAAAAAAAAAAAAAAUUAAAAGAAUGGAACACUAAUCUAUAAGGACUUCAUUGAAACCAAUUUUGCGUACAUAAGAAAGCGAUGAAUGUUGGCAGAAAAAAAGCAUUUUGUAAUUUUUUUAUUAGAAAAUAAUAUGAACUAAAUUGAUGUAUUUUAUUGAAAAUAUAUAACUUUUUAAAUUAAAUUCUGGAAAUAAAUAUUUCAAGUUGAACUUUUUCUCCAAUAUAAUAUUUUUCCAUUAUAAUGGAAGCAAUAAAGUUCUACCUUAAAAAUAAAGUCACUUGUGGACAUCUUUGACAGUCAGUGGUAUAACAAAGUAAAUAAGCUGUGAUCAAAUUAAAAUACAACCAGUUAGAGAAGAAAAUUUUAUGAAAUAGAUCUACUGAAGUCUUUAUUAAUUAUACCCCCUCCCCAAAUCUGGUAAACAUUAAUUGCUCAGUCCUGUAUACAAAAAUAAGAAUAUUCACAAAAAUAAUUUUUUUUUUUCUUAAUUGAAAAGAGAUAGAUAUUGUGUCUUAUCAAUUGAUGAAUAAAUUUAGUAUGAUGCAGUAUCCUUUCGCUUGCUACUUAAGAGAUGUUAUGAUGAAAAUGUAGUAUGAAAUACAAAUUGAAGUUAUAUGCAUCUUUUUACAAGUAUAGUCACAUGAAAUGUGAACACAGUUUUGAACAAAUUUUAAGUAACUGAAGUGGAAAAAAAAAAAAAAGUGUGAACCUUACAAAGUGCUUUUUACUUCCUAGAAUAUAUAACCACUAUCAUUCAUUGCUGUCUUCAUGAUUUGUCUCUCUUCAAAACAUAUUUCCAUUUGAUUCCUUUUUUAUAUGUAUAAAAUUAUAUAUGAAAAAUCAUGAUUUUAAAGUCUAAUAAAUCUUUAAUUAGUAUCCUUUUCUUAUAUAUUGAUUUUAUUCUCUCUUUUUAUGGAAUGGGGCUAGUACUCAUUUAGCUCCGAGAGCUUUUUGUAAGCUGAACUUAAUGUUUUAUUGACAAAUUUAUUACAGAAUAUAUUUAACUUAAUGUCUGAAAAAUUAUUUGCAAAAGAUUAAUUGAUAUUAACAUUAAUUUCGAAAAGUUAAUAUAAUGUAAAUGAGGAAUAUGGGAUUGAGAUGAUAUGCAUUAUGAUUAGAUCAUCAGACUUAAAAACAGAAAUCAUUUAACUAUGCCUGAAACUUAAUGAAAAAUUCAUGACUUUGUGCCAUACAAUUAUAAUGAAAAAUUGCUCAAGUUCUUUUAUGAUACAUCAGUUUUAUUGUAUAGCUAAUUAAUUUUUCUUUUGCUUGUAAAGAUAUUAUACAUUAGAAAAUUCAUCUUUUUUCAUACCCAUAAAACAUUUAUAAUAUUCACUAUUUAUCUAGCUUUGAAUAUAACUAUUACAUGUUUCUUCCUUAUGCUCAGUUUUAUUGAAAAAUAUGACUUCUGUUGAAUUGCUUUAUAAUAUAGAUAAGAUUGAAAUUACUUAUUGUUAGUUAAACUUGUCUGUAAUUCAUAUUUUUUUGAAGCCAAACUAAUCCCUUGAUGUACAACAUGGUUUGGUGUGUAGACAUCAACUGAGAUCAACUUAGUUUUAAAAUAAAGUUGCAGAUAGUAACAGUUAAUAAAAUUAAUUAGGUAUUUAGUUGCCGAUUUUUUAAAAAAUGUGUAAUAUGAAAUCGUAUUUAUCAUUCAUUCAGCUGUACUUCGAUACACUUAAUCUUUUCACUUAGUUAGCCAUUAUGCAAAGAAAAGAAAAACAAAUUGACAUCACUGAUGUGAAGUUGAUAAAAAAUUCAUAUCACUUUGAUGAGCUUAUGUAAAAUAAUUUAAAAUUAAGGUAUAUUUAGUUUUGAUAUUAUUACUGUUAAGGCAUAUGUAGGUUUGUCAUUAUUACAAAAUGGCAAUAUUAAUUAGCAGCUAUUGCUCCCCUUUUAUAUUUAUAGGUCUUUUUAUGUAAUAUUUUGUAUUAAUAAUGAUGAAAUAAUGCAACAAAAUAAAUUAUUCAAAAUAUAAUAAUAAAUGCAAGAUGGAAGCAUAGUUUUAUUAACAGAUCUCACUUCAUUUACAUAUUUUGAAUUUUUCUAACAAUCACAAGUCAUCUCUAUGUUAUAUUUAAAGGGAUAAAAUAAUUGUGACAUGAAAUAAAUUAUUCAAUUUGUAGUAUGUAACUGAAAUAUAUAAGACGUGUACAUUUUUAGUUUUGACUUAAUUAACAAAUAUUAAGUUUAUUUAUGUUUAAUGGGUUUCACUUUAAGGCAUUCAACAUUUAAAAAGCAUUCUUUUUUUUAAUUCAACAUGAAGAUUUUUUAUAAAUUUAGUCUGACAAAGUAAUAGUAUUUUCAAGGUAUUUGGAAUGCCAAAGCGUAACUAAAAUUAAUUAUCAGGAUUAUUGAAAUUAAUACAUGCCAAAAAUAUAUUUCUGUAAUGCUGUAAAUCAACAGAUUGAUUUAGUUUUUCGAAUAGCUUUAUACAAAAAAAUCCAGAGAAGAAAAAUACUCUCUUUAUAUUACUUAUUUUUUGGGGAGGGGGGAAUUGGUUAUUUAUAUUUAACUUACAUGUAGUUAUAAUUGUUGUUAUUAAAAUAACAAGUGGAUGUAUCAGAUAAAUUUUUGAAUGAUGUGUAAAUAUGAAUUUUCAUGAAAGUCAUUUGAAAACAUGGAUCAAAUAAAUUAAUGAACAAAAUAUAAUUGGCCUAAUUGUCAUAGUAGUAACAAAAUUAUUUUUUAGUUUUUUUCUAUCAAUGAGCUAGAUGUGCAUCAAUGUAGUAUAAAAAGAUUUGCAGAGGACAUCAAUGCAGUAUAAAAGACUAAAAGGAAAAAGUCAUAAAUUUUAUUUUUUAAACUUUUUUUUCAUUAAUUAUAGAGUAAAAAAAGUAUUUUUUCCCUAUAUUUCUGCUAUGAGUUUGAAAACUGACUAUAGAAAAGUUUAAAAGCUAAGAAGGGAAAAGUUAUUUGUUGAAAUUUGUCCUCUUUUAAGAAUGAUGUAGUUUAUUACAUUUAAUUCAGCAUUAGCAGAUGAGUUACAUGUUUUUUCUCAAACAUUUACUAACUGAUCUUUUUUUUUUCAUUGCUAAUUCAGUUAAUGAAAAAUAUAUAUUUAUAUAAAAAUUAGUUUUUUUAGUUUCAGAAAAUAAAGGCUUAUACAUUCCUUUAUUGUUUGUAUGCCAUUAAAUAAUAUUGUAUCUGUAAAGGAAUAAUUAAUACACUUAAAAUAAUAAAGGAAGAAAGUUAAGUACAAAAAAUGAAAAAAACUAUUUCAUUACAAGAGCUGUUCUGAAAGUUCAUGGGUGCAGAUCACUAUUUGGAGUUUAUUAAAAGAUUAGAUGUGGUUUCUGUGUGUGAAAUAUCAGACUUUUCAUUGUAUGCACUAUUUCCAGAGGUGUCUGAGUUUCUCAAACAUAAGUUAGAGCCCAUUUUCUGAGAGUUUUUGCAUUAUAGAGAUUGUGGCAGCUGUCUCAUCCUACACUGUAUUAAAUGUUCAUCUUUUUUUAACUCUCUCAUAUUCUCAAGUCUAUGGAGUCUGGUUUUAUAGACUAUCCAAUAAUUUCCUGAUUUCCCCUAAACGUUUUAAUUAAGCUUCCACAAUCUUCUUGCCAUUGUAGUCUAGAAUUAUCUUGAAGGAAGAAUUUCAUCAUUAUAAAGUGCUGUGCAGUUUGACUUUUAUAGCAAGCAGAAAAAUAUCUAUGUAUUAGCUGCCCUUACAUUAAGAGACCAUAAUAUAGGGUGUCUUCGUGAGUGAUCCAUAACAUAACUGGGCAUUAUUGUCUUCCAUAAAUUGUUGGGACAGUCCUUGCACAUUUUCUAAUUUCUUCUUUCUUUCAGUCAGCAUUUAUUGUGUAUUUUUUUAAAUACAUAAACACUUACUUUCAACAAUUUUUAUGGCAUUUUUCUUCCAUUUUUAAUUUUUUAUCUCAAUUUCUAAACAUUUCAAAUAUUGAAAUAUCUUUUAAAAGUAUUGAAAAAUAAUAUGAUUUGUCUGAGCAAAAACAUGAAAUUCGUCAUAAAUAUGGAUUGGUGUACAGUAUAUAAAUAUCUGUUAGUACAUGUAAUGGGGUAUGUUUUAACAAAUGCAAGAAAUAUUAGGGCUUUUAAUGAUAAACCAGGAUAUUGAUAUUGUUGUAAAACAUUUUGACUAUGUGUAUGUAGUGGAUCAUACAUAUUAUUUAAAAUAUCACAUAUCUCAUAUAUACUGCUUUUAUCGAAAACUGGCCUAAAUGUUCUACACGCUAUAAUGGUUCUUUAUUUUAACAUCAAUUCUUGAGGAUAUGUGCACGCUUAAUGUAGAUCAUGUUAUACUCAUAAUCAGUUAUUAUUAUGUACUUAUUCGUAUUUUUAGCUCAUAUGCAUCAAAUUGGCUUUGACAACACUUUUUUAUUUAUUCUCAUAGUAGGUUUUUAUUUACUCAUCAGGUAUCUUUUAUUAGAGUUGUAUUCAUAACAGUUUUAUUUUGUGGAAUGCAGGAGGAAGAAAAUGUGUUUAAUUGUUUGUGACAUUUUUUGGUUAGAAAUCAAAAUUAAGAAAGUUAUGUGUAUUUUGAUUAGUUUCUUUCCUUUUGUUUAUUUGAUGUUUGGAUUUUUAAGUUCUCUCAGAGACACAAGACCUCUCUUAGAAAGGAGAACCAUUGUAAAACAUGUUUUACUUUUUGCUAUGGAGCUUUUAUAGCUAUAUCUAUUGUUUUAAAUUUUAAGUCUUAAGUUUUUUCAUGAAUAUAAAAUUAGAAUCUUUUAUUUGUAAUUUCUUCAAAUUUUAUUUACUGAUUUCUUUAUAUUACUUAACGUGUGUAACUUCUAAGUAUAAGUCUUUUCAUUAAAUUUAACCUUUUUUAGGUUUUAUUGUAUUUAAUUAUUAAAAUUGUAUUAAUUAUCUGCAUAAUUUAAAGCACUUUUGUAAAAGUUGUAAUCAUUAAAAAUUGGGGAAAAUAUUUUCUUACAAUUUAUAGAUUGAAGACUUGAUAAGUAUUUUCAAAAGUAUAUAGCUUAAUCUUCUCGUAUUUUCUAAUGCAAAAGUUAAAUAUCAUAUCAGUUGUAUAAUAUAUCAAAAUCAAGUUUAAAACAGAGGGCAUUAUUAGUUUUAGUUUGUUCAUGAGAUUCUGUGAAAUUAACUUCUCUUUCAAAUCUGUUUUUUCUAUAUUGUGUGUACUUUUCAUUGAUUAUUCUUACAUGUCUGAGGAAUUAAAAUAUUUGAAACUCAAAUAUUUUAGUAGACAUUCUUCUCUAGUCUUGUUUGUAACAACAGCGAUGAUGUAUGUCAGUGUCAGAAGUAUAUUCAUUAAGUAUAUUAAUUUUUUAUAUUUUAUGUUACUUUUGUUUCAUUAUGGAGUUGCUUUUUUCAGGGGAAAAAUUACAUGCGUUUUAAGUCUCCCACAUAUGUUAUUGGGAUACAACUAAAUAUGAUUAACAUUUUUGAAUAUGCCAAUAAACUAAUUGCUUCAAAAAUAAACUUAUCAUUUUAUCAUUUAAAGGUAAGAAUUGUUUAGUUGUACAGUGCCUUUAAGUACUGCAGAAUCCUUUGGUGUUUGGCUGUGUGUUUUAUUUUGUGAAAUGUAUCUUAAAUUAUAUGCAUUUAUUAUUCAAAGGUUUUUAUUCAUUAUUUGGAUAUAUUGCUCUCAGGAAUCAGUGUUGGCAUUUUGAUACUUCUGCAUAUUUUCUUAUUGCUGUAUUAUUUAAUAUGUCAGUUUGUUUUAAUUAUGUGCAAAAGAACCUGCUAGUCCUUUAAUACAUUUUUCACUUAGUGGUAAGAUAGCUUUAUCAUUUGAUUCAAACCAUGAGUGUCUUUUUCUUUGUAUUAACUAUGCAGUGGUAAGAUAGCUUUAUCUUUUGAUUCAAACUUUGAGUGUCUUUUCCUUUGUAUUAACUAUGCACUACCAGUUCUUUAGUCAUUAUAUCAAUUAUUAAAUUUUAUUUGAAUCAGUAAUCACACUUAUUGAAUGGAUGUUCAUUAAAUAUACAUGCUUUUUAGCUGAAAUCUGGUUUUGGUAUUUUCCCUCUAAUGCAUACAAAAAUCUGAACUUUUGGAUUAUAAUAAAAUGUAAACAAUUAAACCGUGUGCCUUUUCAUGCUACCUUAGAUUUAGAAAGUUAAAUUUACUCUGAGUGUAUAAUUUUUUGUUCUAUUUGUUUUUUACCAAAAAAAGUGUUGUGCUUUUAAGACAUUGGUUUCUAAAAUGUUCAUUAUUUAGAGAUUCUGUUCAUGGAAAUAAGGUGCUCUUAGUAUAGCAAGGGAGCUUUCAGAUGUUGGUUUUGCUGUCACAGUUAACUUAGUCAUGAAAGUCAUUAGAUUCAUUCAUGCCUAUGGAAUAUGGUUGAAUCUGUAGCCAAUGAGGGAACGUAAAUUUGUACAUGGUGAAUAUGCAGCUGAUGGAGCAAAAUUGUUGACCAGAGAUCAAUUUGUGAUUAUUUUUAAUGUGAUUAGUCGAUUUUUGUACCCGCUUGGAGUAAAAUAAAAAAGUUAAAACAUUUAAAUGAAAUUUUUGUACCAGUUCCCAUGAUGUAGUAAGGUCUGCCUAGCAACAGAAGUUCAGUUAUACCAUUUAUGACUGUAAAUCCCUCAUCUGAAUGCUCCUUAAUGCUCCAUGAUGUUUUGGUGUAAAUAUGACUUAUUGUGAAUAAAGAAAAUUUUUACAUGCUUUAA